CUCCCAGAGAAAAGAGACACCCUCUCUGUAAAAGCAAGAGAGGUGGGUGGUGGGUGGGGGGAGAUUCGCCUGUACAGGAUCAGCCACAAGACUGGGGGAGAUUCCCUGCCACAGGAGAGGCAGAGGAGCGACAGGUCUCCCUGCAACAGUCCUUUGCAAAUGUAUGGUAAAAACUGCACAAAACAAUGGCAUAUUACCCCAGCUCAGAAGAUUUAACUAAGUCAUUGGUCUUUCGUUUGCAUGAAAAUACUCCUGAAAUAGUGAGGGAAGUUCUCCUGGAUCGUGAAUGGAUUGAAUAUGAUGGUGAAGAGCAAGAAAAAGGUGACUGGAAUUUGUAUUGGCGAACAUCAGGUUUUACUGCUGUUGAAUACCAAAACAUAAUGCCUUGGCAAAGGCUAAACCACCAUCCCAAAACCAUGGGCAUAACUCGCAAAGACAACCUUGCUCGUAAUUUGAAACGCAUGUCUGGGGUUUUUGGUUCAGCAUCCUAUAACUUUAGCCCUGUGGGUUUCAUUCUUCCCAAUGAUUACACUAAAUUUGUUGCUGAGUACACCAAAGACAAGCAGGCCAAUGGUGGGAAGGCUGGAUAUUGGAUAUGCAAGCCAGUCGAUCUUUCCCGGGGCAGGGGGAUAUUUGUAUUUAAAGAUAUUGAAGAUUUGACAUACAGUUGUUCAGUUAUAGUGCAAAAGUACAUUAGCAAUCCUCUUCUCAUUUCUGGUUACAAAUUUGAUUUGCGAAUCUAUGUUUGCGUUACCAGCUUUUGCCCACUGACAAUUUAUAUAUACCAAGAAGGUUUGGUGAGGUUUGGAACAGAAAAGUUUAAUCUUAUGAAUUUAGACAACGUCUUCUCUCAUUUAACAAACACCAGCAUCAACAAAUUUGGACCCUCUUACACUCUGGAUAAAGAGCGGGUUGGCUCAGGGUGCAAAUGGACUAUGAGCCAGUUUCGAUCCUUUCUGCAAGGUUUGAAUAUAAACGAACUUCUCCUGUGGCAGAGAAUCAGUAACAUAGUGACUUUAACCCUGCUCACAGUUACUUCAUCCAUUAAACCUCUACCUAACUGCUUUGAACUCUUUGGUUUUGACAUCCUUAUAGAUGACAAUAUAAAACCAUGGCUUUUAGAAGUAAACUGCAGCCCAGCAUUAACAAUCGAGUGCACUGCCGAUGUGAUUGUGAAGAAAGGGCUGGUAUAUGACCUUUUGGACCUGCUGAACUACAAAGACAUUGAUCCGUUGCGCUAUCGUGGCUACCCAAGGCCACAGGAUUACAAUGUUUUUUCUUCCAGCAGCUGCCCUUCGUUUUGCGUCACAAAUUCAUAUGGAAACCAAUCUCCUCUUCACCCUAGGACAUCUAAGAAAGGAAACGCCACCUGUUCUAAAGAAGCCUGGUCCAGUUCUCAGAACCACUCACUAUUGCUCUGCCGCAGAAGCUGCAAUCAGUCCAGUGUAUGCAACCAAAGCCCCACAAGUGAGGAGCAGAAGGUUGACACCCAAAAACUAGAGAAAGAAAAUAAAAAUCCCACCAGUUGUAAACCCCGGCUCACUUUUUUCCAGUGCACAGUUUCAGAUGACUUUGGGAUCAUUUACAAAAAGGUUAGCGCUCUCCCAGCUGUGCAGUGGGCGGAGAAGAGAACUGCAACAAAUGCAAAAGUCCCCAACUCACUGCCGAAGAAUACGUUGACCUCCCGGUUGAGAGAGAAGAUGAACAAGGGUAUUGGGGGAGAGAAUAUCCCACCCAAGUUAAAGGAUCUGCCAAAGAACAGAGGAACUAUGGUACAGAAUCCCAAAAGGCAGGCUACAAAAACCAUCCCACGAUUCCCCUCCGUUAAAGUGCAGAAGUACAAGCAUACAUCUUUUCCUCAGUACAGCAUUUCGGAGUUUGACAAGAAGCCCCUAUCUCGCAUAGGAGACUUCAUACUUACCUUUCCAUUUAAUGAAGCUACGCUAAAGUCUUCUCAGAGCAUUCUAGACCUAAAGACUGUAAUGCAGGAAAUGCAGAAAAUGCUGAAGAGACAGUUGGCCCAGGAGCACAGGAGCCCGAAACGAAAGAAAAGUGAGGCAACUGCAGAUAUCACUUACAGUCGAAAAGAAUCUAUUGCUCCUUUGCUCUGGGGACCUCGCAACCCCCCAUUGCUUAGUGACUGCUGCUAUCAAGUCUAAGUCAUUCAAUCAUAUUAACGCCUACUACUUUCGUUCAAUAAAACAAUAAUCCUUAACAAUGCAUCAGAGGAAUAAAAACUUUGUUCUAAGGAAAGAACUAAGGCUUUUUUUUAAAAAAAAUACAAAUACUGGUAUUGGUCUAAUUUAUUUUUCUUGGGAAAUAGUAAUGUUUUGGGUGUUGGUAAGGAACCAGGUGGCACAGGUGAAGUUGAUUUCUUUCUUUAAAAAAGUCAAAUCUAAAUCUGCAUCAAUAUGAUAUCACAAAAAAAUGGUAAAUAGGAAUGAGUAUAGUGCAUUUUAGUUGUUGGGUGAUACUAGGACAUUACCUGUUUCUUAUUUACGAGAGGACUGAUUGCUGUGGUGAUGCUUUUGGAAAAUAUUUUUGUUGUUCUAGCAUUGCAACAAUCAAA